CAUCUGUGUACGAUAGGGAAGUAUGAUGAUGACCAUGACAAAGUCCCCGACCUUAUUUUGUUGGCUCUUUCAAUCCUUAUAUCCUCAUAUAUAUAGAGUGAGGUGGAUAUUAUUGAUGUGAAGAUUAAAUGACAGAUAUGGUGUAGGGCCUGGCACAUGUAAAUGUACUGAGCUAAGGGGAAGUUCAAUAAAUAUUCAUCAACUUUUUACCAUCCAGUUAAUCAGUAAAAGCAUAGUUUCUUUAGAAAAUGGAUACUGUGGGAUCUUUUGAUUAGCUUUUGGCUGAGUGACUGUAAAGCAAGAUGGUUUGGUAUGAUAAUACUUGGGAAAGAACAAUAAUAGUAAAACGUUAAGAUUUAAAGCAAUAGUAGAAAAAUCUACAAACUCCUUCAGUUGUUUCAGGCCAAGAAGUUCUGGAGAAGAAAAAUUUCAGAAAAAUUGCCUCAGUUUGAAUAGCAUAUCAGAAAAUUUGAAACACUUUUCCUAAAGAAACCAAGAAAAUUUGAAGCUCCUUUCCUAAAGAAAACCUGUGUAUACAGUAACUUCACAGACUUAGUUUUUUUGUUUUUUGUUUUUUUUUUAACCCAAAUUGUCACUGGAUUCUGCUGCCUGAUACUUGAACCUGUUUGGAAUUUUUCUCAUGUGCAUCUAAGGGGAAUGCUUUAUUAUGGCUGCUGUUGUCCAACAGAACGACCUAGUAUUUGAGUUUGCUAGUAACGUCAUGGAGGAUGAACAACAGCUUGGUGAUCCAGCUAUUUUUCCUGCCGUAAUUGUGGAGCAUGUUCCUGGUGCUGAUAUUCUCAAUAGUUAUGCGGGUCUAGCUUGUGUGGAAGAGCCCAAUGACAUGAUUACUGAGAGCUCCCUGGAUGUUGCUGAAGAAGAAAUCAUAGAUGAUGAUGAUGACAACAUCACCCUUACAGUUGAAGCUUCCUGUCAUAAUGGGGAUGAAACAAUUGAAACUAUUGAGGCUGCUGAGGCACUCCUCAAUAUGGAUUCUCCUGACCCUAUGCUGGAUGAAAAACGAAUAAAUAAUAAUAUUUUUAGUUCAUCUGAAGAUGACAUUGUUGUUGCCCCAAUCACCCAUGUAUCCGUCACAUUAGAUGGGAUUCCUGAAGUGAUGGAAACUCAGCAGGUUCAAGAGACAUAUGCACACUCACCAGGAGCCUCCUCACCAGAACAACCUAAGAGAAAGAAAGGGAGAAAAACUAAACCACCACGACCAGAUUCUCCAGCCACUACACCAAACAUAUCUGUGAAGAAGAAAAACAAAGAUGGGAAGGGAAACACAAUUUAUCUUUGGGAGUUUUUACUGGCACUGCUCCAGGACAAAGCUACUUGUCCUAAAUAUAUCAAAUGGACCCAGAGAGAAAAAGGCAUUUUUAAAUUGGUAGAUUCUAAAGCAGUAUCCAGGUUGUGGGGGAAGCACAAAAAUAAACCUGAUAUGAAUUACGAGACCAUGGGAAGAGCUCUCAGGUACUAUUAUCAAAGGGGUAUUCUGGCAAAAGUAGAAGGUCAGCGCUUGGUGUAUCAGUUUAAGGAAAUGCCAAAAGAUCUUAUUUAUAUAGAUGAUGAGGAUCCGAGUUCCAGCAUAGAAUCUUCAGAUCCAUCACUGUCAGCAACAACUACUUCAAGCAGGAACCAAGCAGGCCGAUCAAGAGUAUCUUCAAGUCCAGGGAUAAAAGGAGGAGCCACUACAGUUCUAAAACCAGGGAAUUCUAAAGCUACUAAAACCAAAGAUCCUGUGGAAGUUGCACAGCCAUCAGAAGUUCUGAGGACAGUGCAGCCCACACAGUCUGCAUAUCCUACCCAGCUCUUCCGGACUGUUCAUGUAGUGCAGCCAGUACAAGCUGUCCCAGAAGGAGAAGCGGCCAUAAUUAGUUGUGUGCAAGAUGAAACAUUAAAUUCUUCAGUUCAGAGUAUUAGGACUAUACAGGCUCCAACCCAAGUUCCAGUGGUCGUGUCUCCUGGGAAUCAGCAUUUGCAUACAGUAACACUCCAGACAGUGCCAAUCACAACAGUUAUAGCCAGCACAGAUCCAUCGUCAGGUGCUGGGUCUCAGAAAUUUAUUUUACAAGCCAUUCCAUCAUCACAGCCCAUGACAGUACUGAAAGAAAAUGUUGUGUUACAGUCUCAGAAGCCGGGCUCUCCUCCUUCGAUUGUCUUGAGCCCUGCCCAUGUACAGCAGGUUCUUACUAGUAAUGUCCAGUCCAUUUGCAAUGGAACCGUCAGCGUGGCUUCAUCUCCAUCCUUCAGUGCUACACCUGUGGUGACAUUUUCUCCUCGCAGUUCACAGCUGGUUGCCCACCCACCUGGCACUGUAAUCACUUCAGUUAUCAAAGCUCAAGACACAAAAACUCUUACCCAGGAAGUAGAGAAAAAGGAGGUCGAAGAUGAUUUGAAAGAAGACACUGAGGAAACCGAGCAACAGCCACAGCCUUACGUGAUGGUGGUUUCCAAUUCCAAUGGACUUACUUCUCAGGUAGCUAUGAAACAAAAUGAACUGCUGGAACCCAACUCUUUUUAAUUAAAAUUCCAAAAGAAUUAUG